GAUAGUGUCUUCUCGUGCAACGUUUUGCCGUCUUACCAGAAGCCUCAGAUUCAGGCCUUCAUCUGGUUGAGAUUUUGUCUUGUCUAUCCUUCCAGUCUGGUAGAUACACGCUGCCAAACUGCCUCAUUUAUUCCUUUUCAAUCAUACGCUAACCCAUACUUCAAGCUGGCGUGCUUGAUCCCUGCUAGACCGUGUCAUUACAGACACAAAGGGUUAUAGACAGCUGCAUAAGUAUACGAAGAAACGAGACCUUGUACGUAGAUCCGCGCCAAUAUAGUUGAGUCCUCUUUGUUCUACCGCGUGCACUGAGUCACUGGCCAGCUCGCAUUGUCUCUGUCUCUGUCUCUGUCUCUGUCUCUGUCUCUCUUUUCAGAUAUCGCCUCUUCGCGACAAAAGUAAGAAACUAAACGCGGAUUUAAACAUUCACUCUCUGAUAACUGCAAGGCCAUAAACUCAUUCCCAUUGUGCAGGUGUUCCCGUACCUUCGUUCCAAGUUCAAACUUCCUUGGUGCGACUCCAAUUAGCCACUGCCUGAGAAUCAAGAACUCCUUUCAAAAUCAAUACGCUUAUUAAGAGACUUCCUCAAAUAUUCACGAUAUGCUCGGCCUAUUCGUUGGACCCGUGUCCCCACGCCAUUUCCUCGAUAGGUUCAUCAGGCUGAAGUCACUAAAGAAAUUGAACCCUGAGACACCGCCAAACUCGGAAGUCGAUUUCUCCGAAAUGCCUUCCAUGGGGUCCGAAAAGGAUGUGUUCGAACCUUUGUGCGAUGCUAUCAAUAACUCUGGCGUUUGCACUGGAUUCACUUUGGUUGACGUUUCGAGCUCAGCAACCAAGGAUAUUAUUCAACUGCGCCCGGACCUCGCCCUCGUACCCUCCAACGCUGAAGACCUGAUGGACUAUAGCAUUAUGGAAUUUUUCGUCGAGACUAAGCUUGGUGAUCUUGCGGACCUCUUCUACGACAAUCAGGACACAUGCGUGGAUGAUCCGAUGGAGAACAUGACGGGGGAAAAUGCGGAGACUCUCGAACAGAUGAUAUCCUAUGCGGCCGCGUUAUUAUCCCGCCAGCACAGAUUAUUUGCAUUCUCUAUCGCCGUGUGCGGUCAUUAUGCUCGCUUCUUCCGAUGGGAUCGUGCUGGGUGCAUCGUCAGCGAUCUGUUUAACUUCGUCGAAGAGCCAGACAUCUUGCUUGACUUUUUCUGGUGCUAUGCACGACUAACUCGCGAAGAACGUGGCUUUGAUCCGACUGUGGUGCCUGCUUCUGCUGCCGAGGCCAAACUCUUCUCUGAUGCCCUGUCGCGAUACAUUCAGGAAUCGAAACCGCGGGACGUCAGCUAUCUGCAACCGAAACCCGAUUCUACCUAUCCGAUCUCCAAGAUGCAGAUUCCAAUGACGAAGGGCGUUCGCGAGCUGAUUGUUGGCAAACCAUUUUGGGAUGCUGACUCUCCUGAUCGGACGACAAGCGCAUACGCUGCGUACGAUAUGGUGGAGAUGAAAAUCGUGUUUGCAAAGGACUCUUGGCGUGAUGAGGAUGAAGGCAUGCUUUUGGAGGCUGAGAUCUAUGAUAUACUCAAGAAGAACAAUGUGCCCUUUCUCCCCGAAGUCAUCGCGGCUGGGAACGUUUAUGUGAAGACCAAGAAGAAGAAGGUGUAUCAGAGGACACUUAUUGAAAAAUGGUACACUUCUAACAGCAGAUCAUUACUGUGGUGCCUACCAUCUGUGGACCUACGAACCCUGGUGCAUUGCAGGGUCGUUCAAGAACUCGCCUAUCCUCUGACGUCUGCACUCUCAUCGAAGGAGGCCGUCCAAGCUAUUCGCGAUGCGAUCGAAGCUAUCAAAGUCGCGUACCAUGAUGCCAAAAUCUUCCACCGCGACAUCAGCACUGGGAACAUCAUGAUCAGUAAAUCGGGUCGCGGAAUCCUCAAUGACUGGGAUCACGCACUGAUAGUCAUUCUCAGGGACACACCCCAAGGGUAUCGGGUGGGCACCUGGCAAUUUAUAUCUGUCCCGUUACUGCGGCGUCCCAAGAAAGGUCAUGAGGUGCACGAUGACCUGGAAUCGUCAUUCUGGGUGUUACUUUACAUCUCUUUUCAUUAUUUCAAACACACCAAACUUGUCAACGUCGACUUCUUCAACGAAUACAACGAGUACAGCCGAAACGGCAGUGCAACUCGUCACGCGUAUGGAGGACUAGCAAAGGCGGGCUUCCUAUAUGGGGGACUACCAGGUGUGAAGUGGACGUGUGCCCCUUUGAAUAAACUUUUACACAAGUUCGGCGAUCUCUUCUACCAAUAUCACUUCUAUCAUGGGAGGCAGGAUCGUGAGGAACACUUGGCCUCCUUCACGGAUUUCCAGAAACGGCUCGACCAGGUGGAUAGUGUUUUGGAUCUCUUCGACACCGCUCUGGCAUCCGACGAAUGGCCGGAGAACGAUGUGCUGCCUGAUCAGUAUAGCCGGAAGAACGAGAAGAAAGAGACAGAGGAACGUCAUGAUUUGAAGUCACAUGCCGUUGCUCCUGCUGCUCAGGAGAUGAAUCCUGUGCCCGUCACUUGCAUGGCUCCAGUUUUGCUGCAAACUCGGUCCGCUAUCCCUGGGAUACAUUCCAGCACUCGAUUAAUACAGCAGAGUAUCGGGCUGCAAGUCCCUGUACCGGAAGGUGGGCCUUCACAGCUUCCCAUGGGUUCUCGCAGUACGGUGAAGAGACCUCUUGAUGAGGGCCCUGCAGAAUUGUCAGUAUCCCGUUCAAAACGGGCUAAGACCGCGCCGGAUCGAAGAAGGUCCUUUAACCGUGCCCCUAGACCCCCUCCUGAGCGACCAGUGGUGGAGCACCGAUAUCCUACGCGUUUCAAAUUGAAUGCUACCCGUCGGGGUAGUUCUCUGAGAAACCCACAGCAGGCGGACGUCGAAAUGCAAGAUGACCGACGGCGGAACCCCUCUCGGUUGAGCGCAAAGUCGAAGAAGGCAUAUCGUUAGAACCCUUCUAGGAAUGACUAGAAAGCGGCGGAAGGUGAUCGUAGUCGAUCUCAGACGAAGUCCAGCAUGCCUCAGCCACCAAUAGCUACAUCCUCUUCCAUAUGUUUCGUUUCUAUACUGUGCCUACCCUGAUUUUUAUAUUGGCUCACUGUCAGUGUCUUCUGCUGUAUUUUUAUGAGUGGACCUGGGCCUACGUUGUAAGGUUCAGGUUCAUCGAAUAUGGGACAAUCCGAGCUGGGAGAUACAGUUAAUUCAAAGGUUAAAGAUGGGUACAAACAUUCAGAUGCUGACGGGUGUCAGGAUAAAUUAUGUAUUCAUGAAAGGUCAUGUCAUCGUAUUUGCCUUUAAGAAUCAUCGUUCGGACAGGUACAUAAGCAUGUUCCCCGUAGCUGUUACGGCUUCACAGCAAUCUUUACUGCACUACGGCUAUUCAUCUUGUCAAGUGCUUGUUGGUACUCGUC